AUGGACUACCAAAAUCGAGCAGGUAGCCGCUUUGGAGGAGGCGGUGUCGCUGGAUAUCAAGAAACGAAUGCAGCUCGUCGCGAGCGUCUCAAAAAGUUGGCAUUGGAAACGAUAGAUCUUUCCAAGGAUCCUUACUUUAUGAAAAAUCAUUUGGGAACUUAUGAGUGUCGUUUGUGUCUUACCAUGCAUGCAAACGAAAAUUCAUAUUUGACGCAUACUCAAGGUAAAGCGCAUCAAACCAAUUUGGCACGCAGAGAUGCUAUGGAAAACAGAAAGGCACAAAGGACUGCACCUGUAGUCCAAACAGGAUUAUCUCAGUCGCAGGUGCCCCUACGAAAAAAUAUAAUGAAAAUUGGAAGACCCGGGUAUAAAGCUUCCAAAAUUCGUGACCCCGAAACUGGCCAGUUUGGUCUUCGAUUUCAACUAAAGUACCCAGAUAUCCAAUUAAAUGUUAGGCCUCGAUAUCGUAUCAUGAGUGCUUACGAGCAGAGAGUCGAGGCUCCUGAUCGGAAAUUCCAGUAUUUGGUCGUUGCAGCUGAGCCGUACGAGUCUGUUGCUUUCAAAAUAAAUGCGCAUGAAAUUGACCGUUCUCCAGGCCGAUUUUGGACAUACUGGGAUGCACCAACUUAUACGAUUCAAUUCUUUUUCAAUGUGGAUAAGCUUUCCUAA